AUGGGAUGUUUUCUUGCCUGUUUUGGCUUCAAGAAGAAGCGAAAACGUCGAAAGCCGGGCAAUAAAAAUCUAUCGGGAGAAGAGGGCCGUGGAAGGUAUGUGCCUCUAGAUUCUGAUGUCACUGUUAAACUUGACACAAAACCAGAGCCCAUCACCUCAGAUUUUGAGCUCAAGGAAAACCCAAAAGAGGCACCAAAGUUGAAAAUCAAAAAGAAAGUGAGCUUCAAUUUGAACGUCAAGGCUUAUGAACCAAUACAAAAUUAUGAAACGUACCUUUCAGAGGGUGAAGAGGAGACGAACCUGCCUGUUUCGCGCUGUGAACAGGAUUCAUUAGAAUCGAGCAUCAGAUCGUACCCUCAAAAUUACAGAUACCAGAAGUGCAUAGAAGGCUAUGACGACGAAGAGGAUGAUAUAAAAUUAGAGGAAAGUGAUUUCUAUUACGACGAUAUUUAUGAUAGUUGUGAAGAAUUGGAUGAUCAUUAUAGCAAUAAUGAAAGUGAUGAUGAAUCGAAAAUCCAAGAAGAUUCUUCUUGGCAAUUGAAUUCUGCAGAGACAAAAUCAAAUUAUGGAGCAACAAAUGCUCAAAUGGCCAUAGAACGAAACAAUAGUCCUAUGCCAUUCCUUAAUGUGUCUAAUAAAGAAGUCCAGAGACUUGAAUCAAAUUGUCAUACUCGAGACAGGAGUGUGCUCAAUCCAGUCGAAAAUCUCACGCAGUGGAAAGCAAUUAAAGCUCAAGCAAGAUCACAGUUCAAGCGCCAAAAGGGAAAUAUCAUGGUUGAGAAAGAACAAGAAAUUCCCUCGACUACAGAUCCCGGUUAUUUUCCUAAACCCAAGACAAAUUUCGCUUCUAUAUCUCAACUCACAGUGCCAGUUGAUGCCAGUCUCUCAAACUGGUUGGUUUCUACACAGAAACUAUGA